CUUAACUUUGCAUGGCCAGCAAAACAACUCGAGGAAGAGUGUUUGUUUUUUAUUUGAGACUGUGCAAUGCCAUUAUUGUGUAGGAGUUCGUGCAUCAGCGUUCCGCGUCGACAUGUUUGGGAAACAUAACAUUUAAAAACCAUGUGGACAUAAAACAUUUUGUUGGAGGGACAGAUUGGAUUUGGUGCUGGUGACCAUGGAAACGUCAGGCAAGGUGCCAGUACUUCGCUGCAGGAAGUGUCGUAAAUGCGUGGUGGAUGCAUCUUGCCUGCUCACGAUGAACACGGUCGAUGACGUGGCAGCAGAGUGCAAAAUCUGGCACAUGGACUUUGAUAAUUUGCCUGCCUGGAUCCUUGCAUCGAUCCACCAGGCCUGCUGGACCUCAGGCAGACUGAGCUGUCAGCACUGUGGGGCGCGGCUGGGUGGGUUUAACUUCCUGUCCCAGCCGAGGUGCCCCUGUGGGCGGGACCUGAGUGUGCACCUGAGCCGGAGUCGGCUGGACCAGGACUACAGGAGGUCAGAGUUCACCUCGGGGGGUCCGCCACGAGAGAGGCGCGUCGGCCGGCUGCCCGUCAGAGGAGGCCCCCGGGAGGCCACGCCCCCAGUGGCUGAGGCCCUGGAGACAGAGCCCCGCCUCUCUAAUGCUGGGCCGGUCCUCUCGUCUCCACUGCCCGAGGGCCCCGGAGGGCUGCGCAGAACAGCUCACAGGAAGUCCCGCGCUUCGGAUUACUGCGGCGGGGGUCGAGCCGGGACUGGCCUAACCGGAAGCUUCUCGGAUUCCCCGCAGACACGCCCACUCGCUGAGGCCCCUCCCCACCAGCCACGCCCCUCUGCUGCUGGCCAGCAGGAAGAGGGGCCGGAGACCACGCACCUCCAGGAAGUGCCUACUCCGAGGAGGCGACGGCCUUCUCUGACCAGCACAGACGAGGGGGAGGAGCCUCAGGAAGGGGCUGAGCAGACCACACCUCUCAGGAGCUUGCUAUUGGACAGGCCUGUGCCUCCGCCCAGACUCAGCAGGAGAGAGAGGAAUCGGUUAAAGAGCCAGAGGAGGAAAGAGAGGAGGAGGGAGAGAUGGGUACAGAAGUGUCUGCACCAACAUACACAGAGGCUCAUGGGAAGCGUGGCGAGCAGUGAGAAUGAAGAUGAGGACGCAGGGGCGGGGUCAGCAGGCAGCGAGGGCUUGACGUGUGCCGUGUGUCUGGACGUGUUCUUCAGCCCUCACGUGUGCCAGCCCUGCGGACACGUGUUCUGUGAGCCCUGCCUACGCACCCUCGCCAAAAACCGGCCCACCAGCACCCCCUGCCCCCUCUGUCGCACGCUCAUCACCCACACGCUCUUCCAGAGAGAGCUCAGCGAGAUGACGAAGACGUUCUUCCCCAAGCUGUACCUCGUCCGGAAGCAGAACUUCCUGAAAUCCGGCUGUUCCCGCUGGCCCCUCCCUAGCAGCCGGAAACUCUUCCACAUCUUCAGCGGCCUGCGGGGACAGUCCAGCUCAGCGGUCUGGCGGCUCCUCCCCCACGGCGGGUUUGGGCUGGGCGGGGUGGACGUGGCGUCCCUCGGCUGGAGAUCAGAGCACCUGCUGCUCUCCAUCUGCUCCGUCGAUGGCCUCAUCAUCCUGGUCCUGGGGCUCGCCCUGUUCUCCCUCCUCUUCCUCUCCUACUGAUACCGGCCCUCAGGAGCGGGGGGGCUUACUGGAGGAGAGAGAAAAGUGGUUGUUCAAACAUCUGAAGUUUGUACCUCUUGGGCAGAAUUUAAAAUGCCCGCUUCUUAAUGGCCACUGAGCCCUCUCCACCUGCAUAGAAGAACAGAAGUACCCGCUGUGUGUAAAAGUGCUCAUGAAAAUUGAACUCCUGUGACAUUCUGUUCCUGCACAUACAUGUCACAUUCUUUCCAUCACCUCUUCAUUCAUUUCCAGUUCUUCACAAUGAAAAGAUCUGAGUCAGGCCUCAGCAUGCUUAUUGUAGGACCUGGCUGCCUCACUGUCUGAAAAGUACACACAUUCUGAAGGUUAGAAUCUGAUACUGUAGGUCUUCACUCCAACCCUAACAAAGCACACCUCAUUCAACAGCUAGUGAUCUACUGAGCUAAUAUUGUGAAAAGUUUUGUCAAAUUUGGGUUGAAAUGAAAGUGGUAGGAUCUACAGGAUGGUAGAUCUCCAGGAACAGGGUUGGGUAGCCCUGCUCUAGAUGUUGAAUGAGGUGUGCUUUGUUAAGGUUGGAGUGAAAACCUACAGGAUGAUAGAUCUCCAGGAACAGGGUUGGGUAGCCCUGCUCUAGCUGUUGAAUGAGGUGUGCUUUGUUAGGGUUGGAGUGAAAACCUACAGGAUUGUCGAUCUCUUGAAACCGGUCUGGGCACCCCUGGGGUAGCACAAUGAUUAUUGUAGUGAUAUCUGAAGUGUAUUUAUUAAGUUUGUUUUUUCUUUUUGAUACUUUCCUGGUCUGGUGUACAUGUGUGUUUUUCUCACGCUUGUCACAUGAUGGGGGUCAAAUGAAUGAGUUAAUUUGGGGUGCUUUCUAUGUCUCAAAUGAAGUUUGAAGCUAUGGCUACAAAUUGCCAUUAGGACCUUCUCUAUCACUCAAUCAGGCCUUUUAGGUAUUUACGCUGGUAUUUAAGCAAACAUUGCUUAAAGGGAUUGAUUUAUGGAUUGGUUUGCUGCUAUAUUGAUGUAGUUUCCAGAGCUAUCCAAAAAGUGCCUUGCCUUUAUUAUACAUCCUGAUAAAUUCUUUGAAGGGUAGAAAGUUCUGAUGAAUUGUCCUUGAGUGAUGAAGUUAAUUUACAAUUACUGUAUAUUGUAAAUGUAUUAUUAUUUUCAAACCCGUACUUACGUGUCACUAAUUUUACAGCCACAUCAGGGGAAGUUUGAGAGUAUUAAAAAUAGCGCUUUCUGAAAUACACUUUUCAAGGACGAGUGUCAAAAUGGUGGAACCAUUAAAUGGCUUUAAUUUCCUAAGAAAUUACUGAAAUUACUGAAAGUUUGUAUUAUACGUAUAUUGUAUUGCAUACAAGCUGCUGUGUACUGAAAUUAGUUUCUUUAUUUACAACAGUUUAUAAAACUGAAUAAAUACAAAGCUUUAA